GGGUCCUUCAAGGCUGUAGUCGCAGCCGCUUCUAUGAGGCCCCCCUUCGCCUCGCCGGCUGCACCACCGCGGGAUGUCUGCGUGGAGCUGCCGCCGCUGAGGCUGCCGGGGCCCGAGGGGGCUCCAGGGCCGGUCAUGGGGGCCGGCACAGGGGUGAGCGGCGGAGGAGGAGGAGGCGGCGCCCUCUUGCCCGAGCGGCUGCGGCUCCCCGUUUGCUGCUUGGGCGUCUUCGUGUGUUACUUCUGGUACGGCGUCCUGCAGGAGACAAUUACAAGAGGCAAAUAUGGGGAAGGCGCGAAGCAGGAGAAGUUCCGCUACGCCCUUUCUCUGGUCUUCAUUCAGUGCGUAAUCAACGCCAUUUUUGCCAAGCUACUGAUCCAGUUUUUCGAUACCGUCAAGGUGGAUCGGACGCGGCACUGGCUGUAUGGCGCCUGUUCCCUCUCCUACCUGGGAGCCAUGGUCUCCAGCAACUCGGCCCUGCAGUUUGUCAACUAUCCAACGCAGGUCCUUGGGAAGUCCUGUAAACCAAUCCCAGUCAUGCUUCUAGGGGUGACAGUUCUGAGGAAGAGGUACCCUGUGUCCAAAUACCUGUGUGUCUUACUGAUAGUCUCGGGCGUGGCCCUUUUCAUGUACAAGCCGAAGAAGGGAGGUGACGUUGUGGACGAGCAUCUCUUUGGGUACGGUGAACUCCUGCUGUUGCUGUCUUUGACGUUGGACGGGCUUACCGGAGUGUCCCAAGAUCACAUGAGGGCACACUUCCAGACCGGCUCCAACCACAUGAUGCUGAACGUUAAUCUGUGGUCCACACUAUUCCUAGGAGCUGGCAUCUUAUUCACAGGAGAGCUUUGGGAGUUCUUGAGCUUCACGGAACGUUAUCCCAGUAUCAUAUACAACAUCCUUCUCUUUGGCCUCACCAGCGCUCUGGGCCAGAGUUUCAUCUUCAUGACAGUGGUCUCCUUUGGACCCCUGACCUGCUCGAUCGUCACCACCACCCGCAAGUUCUUCACCAUCUUGGCUUCGGUCAUCUUAUUUGCCAAUCCUAUCACCAACUUGCAGUGGGUAGGCACCAUCCUGGUGUUCCUGGGACUUGGACUGGAUGCCAAAUUUGGGAAAGCUUCCAAGAAAACCUCACAUUAAGAAGUUGGCUGGGUAGCUCUCUCUUCAGAACCUCAAGCAUAACAAACUGUUAACUUAUUGUCUUAUUUCUCAGUGACCGUUGUUGGAACGGACUCAGGAUGAGUGCUUGGGGAAAG